AUGGACAAAAAGCUGGGCCUGCGGACGGAUCGUUCAUCCCUAACUGCGAAGAAGUAUCUUGGAGAUCCAGACGAUCGUCAUUUCAUCCCAGACUCGCCUCUGGUGGACAGGCAGGUGCUCACCGAGCAGGAGGAGGGCGAGUUGAAACGAGCCUGCGCCUUAGUGCUGGCCAAUGUGCAACACUCGGAUGACACGUCGGACGACCCUCUCAAAUACAUUGCGGCUCAUAUUCAAGAUGGGAGGGGAACACACCAGACCGGCGCGAAACGCGACCGAACUUCGCAGCCAGCACAGUGUCCCUAUAUGACUUCAACGAAGGUCUCCCAACAAUUGACCGAUCUAAAACCCGACACAGCGACCCCUUCAGAAGCCUCUCGCCGACAUACAUCAACUACCACAGACGAUUCGACCCCCUUGACAAGUGCCGGCCUCACCCCCGGCGACGCAGGCUCGCGGUUCUCUGAUGCUGCGCGCAGAUCCGUAAACAGCACCAGAAAGCCAGGAAGCGGUCUUCGAAACGAAGCGUCAACGAGUUCCAAAAGUCGAACGACUUCUAACGCUGGAUUGCACAGGUCGCUCGAAACGUGCGAGCCCACCGUCGACGCCGAGGUUAUUGGGCGCACAGUCCGACUCGUAAAGGACAGCUCAUCAAGGCUUGAGAGCAGCAGCAACAGAUCGAUGGAUAUCAACCGACCCGCCAGACUGGCGGGACCAGACCUGAACAAAAGUCUCCCUCCGCCUCCGCCUCUCGCUGACUGGCCUAUUUUAAAUGAACCCAAACCGCCACACAUUGGCAGAUUAAUGAAUACUAUCCGCAAGAAGAAAUCCAUAAUCGCCGAGAGUAGGGACACCUCAACUGCUUCAGCUCCCUCUGUGCCUUCAGCUGAGGAGACAAGGGCGGCAACAACUCUUCAACCACGUAUCCGGACUGCAACUGCGCCUGUGUUCAAUGGUGGUGCUCAGCCACUACCACCACCCAAGAAGAAGUUCCAUCUGCGUUUCUUUCCCCGGCUACACCGACCCACGGAUGUCCUUGUCAGUUAA